UCAGCUUCUGGGAGGUCACUGGUUCCCCAGGGGAGGAUUCAGCUGGGACUGGAAGGAAGCUCGGAGGCCAGAGGCAGGAGGGAGGACAUUCCCUGCAGGGAGACAGACAGCCUCAGGAGAGGCCCAGAAUCUGGCCAGGGAAGGUCCUGGCCAAGGAUCAGCCAGGAGGCCAGAGGUCAGAGGAGGAGGAGGAGGGAGGUGUGAGGGGAGAGGAAGGCCUGGAAGGUCAGCCUAUGCCAGGGGAGCCUGUGGUGGGAAUGGUCAGGUCCUUGCCAGGGACAGCCAGAGUCGGGCAGCUGGGGAGGCCCAGAGAGCUCCCCUGUGGCUUUUGUAUCCACUCCAGAGAGUGACCCCCCCACUGGGCUGCUGCUGAGCUCCCUGACCCAGAGGGAGUCUGAGGAGUUUGGGGGGAGCCCAGGAAGGGCCCCCACACAGAAAUGGGGCCUUUUUCUCAGAGAGGAGCUUCCUGUGUUCUUGAGCAGAGCCAGCAGCUGGCUACAUUCCUCCUGUUCUGUAGAGUUCCUCCCUGGUCUAGUCCUUCCCUGGUUGGACAGGCUGGAGAGAAGGGCUGAGUUCCUGGAAGGCCUGCGAGUUUCUGUGCCAAUAGGGUUAGGGAGGUCCUGAGGGAGACAUCCUGGCCUUGUCACAGAGGCAUCCGGCUCAGUGCAAACAAUGGGAUGCAGACAGGCUGGCGUGCUUCAUGUUCUCCUAAAAGUCAGCUUUCAGCAAUCUGUAUAAUAACACUCUGGGGCAAAUGUUCUUAUUCUUGUUAUUUCACAGUGGAGGAAACUGAGGCAAACAGAGGUUAAGGUUUUGUGCAGAAGUUUUUCUGUUUUUAGAAAUCAAACUUUUCUAUUUUUUAAAAAAUCGCCUCUAUUUAGAGUUCAGCUAAGCAUUUGUGUCCUUGAACUGUGAAGUUAAACACCUCUGAGGCACCCUCUCAUGCCUGUCAAUUUGGCCAUUGUGCCAGAGAAAUAUAAAGAUCAAUUCAGGGUUGUGUGAAAGCUGGGACACUCAUACAUUUUUGGUGGACUUGUUGUCCAUUGAUUGACCAUUUGAGGGCCAUUUGGAAGUUUGCCCUAAAGGCUUACAGACUGUGUAUACCUUUUGAUCUAAGCAUGUAUCCCAGAGAGAUCCCCAAGAAGGGGGCAGAACCUAUUUAUACAAAGAUAUUUAUAUAUCUGAUAUUUUUGUGUUAGCAGAGAAUUGGAAAUAAAGGGACAUUCAUUAUUUGGUGAAUGGCUGAACAAGCUGUCGUGUGUGUGAUUAUAGUGUUACCCAGUUGGAUAUGAGAAAUAACAGGCUGGAUCAUUUCAGAGAAACCUGGGAAGCCUUCCAUGAACUGAUGCAAAGUGUGAUCAGAAGCAGGAGAACAUUUUAUAGAAUAACAGCAAUAUCUUGUGGUCAGAAGCUGUGAAUGACUCAGCUAUUCUCAGCAAUUCAUGGCUGUAAGACAGUCCCAAAGGAUUCAUUAUGAGAAAAGCCAUCAGCUUCCAGAGAAAGAAGUGAUGGACUCUGAAUUCAGGUUAAAGAAUGUUUCCCUUUUUUCCUUACUUUCACUUUCUUUGGUUUGAGAUUUCUUCCAGAGAAUGAGUAAUGUGGAAACGUAUUUUACAUGAUUAAUCAGGUAAAGUCUAGAUCAGACUGGUUGCUCUCUCAGGGAGGGGGAAUGGAGGAAGGGAGACUAUUUGGAACUUAAUUUAAAAAAAAUGAAUGUUAGAAAUUGUUUUUCCCUGUAAUUGGGGAGAAAAUAAAAUAUUAUUCUACAUACAUCUCCCUGUAGCUGUGAGACGUGUAGGAGCUGUUUCUCUCCUACCUUUUUACAGUAUGAUCUUUAGUAUUAAGCUCACAUUUCCUUAAACCAUGCCUAGCAGAGUAUGGUGUAGGCUUAUGCUCUGAGCCUCAUUUCCUUCCAGGCUGCAUUUCAGGUUUCUUAGCAAUUUUUACAAAAUAAGGAAUUUUUUUCUCCCAAAUUGCUUGUUUGCCACUUGAAAGGAAUUAUUUUCUUUAGUCUGUUCCAUUGCUUUAUCUCCUUAUUAUCUUACCGAUACCCCAGGUUUAGGGUGACUGCUGACUUGUGAUCUGAUCUGAGCUCUGGUCGUGCUGGUCCCCAUUUAUUCUGUCUUCUUUUCAUCAUUUUCCUUGAUAUGGCCGAUCUUUUGGUUUUUCCCAAAUGAAUUUUGUUAUGAUUUUAUCCAGUCCUGUCAGAUACCCUCUUCCUCAUGGCAUGAGGGGCAAAAUUACAUUUUUCUUGGAUUAUGUUUUUGGAUUUGAUACUCUAAGAAUUCUGUUCAAUCUGAAGCCGCUUCUGUGAGGUUUCACUAGACAAACUGAUGUGGACUUGUGGAGCUCCCCGUCUCUGAGGAGGUGCAGAGGCUGACAUGGCUGCUGUUUCCAGAAAAUCUCUGUUCUCAGUAUUCCCAUAAAGCAUGGCCUCAGCAUUUCCUGUAGGGUGUGUGAAGAAGCUGGGACAAGCCGACCUCGUGCCAUCUCCUGAGCUGAUUCCCUCUUGGGCACGAAGGGAGGGCUUUGGGGCAGCGAGGGGUGAAUUGUGGAAACACUCUCCAAUCUUGUGGCUCAGAGCUCUGGAGGUGGCUCAGUUCUCUCCUGUUCAGUUGUGUACUUCGGUCCAGAUUCUGGAUGGAGAGGAAAGUUUCUUUAAUGGGGAGAAUUGGGAGAAAGCUGUCUUACAUCAUUUGAACAUCUUCCUGCCUAACUGGGAAACUGGACCUCCUGUUCCUGCUGUUUAGAGACCCUCAGCUAAGGCCCGAGCUUAGGCUGACCAGAAACACAGUCAGACCCUGAUGGAACUUUUCUCCUUAUGGUACAUCUCAGGCAUUCAGUGAGUCUCAUCUGCAAAUGUAUAAAUGGAGAUUUUGAACCCUAGACUUCAAUCCCCAGAAGUUCUUGGUAUUUCCCAGAAUUCCCAAUAAUCUCUCCUGAGUCUCCAUGUUGGCGAGAUCAAAAUUGGUAUUUAACUGGCAGUAACUCCUCCCAUGCUCUCUUCUCUUCCUUUUGCAAUGAUGUAGCAUGUAUAGUGGUAAGCUAAGUGCAUGGAUUUUAAAUGGGCUAAUCAGCCAUUGUCACGUGGUUUUUAUUUUGUAUCUUCUUUAUUCCUUGACUUAAUAAUCCUUAAUAAACCUCAUAAAAUAUAAUAUUUUUAUUAUUAGAUAUAUGAUUUUAAAUUUUACACAAACUGGGUCCAUAUUGACCAAUUAGUUAUUGCUUCUUUGUUCUGUUGAUUGCUUACAGAUGUUGGGGAGGAGUGGGACCCCUUUUCAGGGAGCUUCCUCUGUCCCUCUUCCCUAUCCCGACUUGGCAAAUACAUAAUCUUUUCUCCAAUUAGGAAGCAGAUGACCCACGUUGGAUUGUUUCCGUUGUAUUCAUUGGUCUUAUUUAAUUCAUUUCUUUUAAGGUAGAUCAGUCUCUUUUCCCCCUGAUUUUGAGGUCCAGCCCUAAGCCCAGGAAUGGACCUGGUCCUUAUUGGUUAGGCAGUGGUCAUAUAUUGCUUUAAUAAACUGAUGUGCUCAGAAGAGCAGAGCUUUGAUUCCUCAGGCAUUUCAUCUUCACUUGUCUCAGUUGACGUCUUUAUUUUCUUCUACAUUUGCCUGGAAAUCUGGUCCCUGGGUCAAAGCUGUCCCAGUUCUCCAAGUGCCACACUGGACCCCCACCCCCCACCCCUACGACAAGUUGCAGCCUCCCCCUACCUACUCAGGACAAGUAGACUGCAGGCACCAAGUCUCUCUGGCCUCAGGGAGGUGGUGACGUUCAAGGAUGUGGCUGUGGACUUCACCCAGGAGGAGUGGCGCCUCUUGUCCCCUGGUGAGAAGGAGCUGUACAAGGAGGUGAUGCUGGAGAAUGCCUGGAACCUGCUCUCUGUGGGGCUUCCUGUUCCCCCGGAAGAUGUGAUUUCUUAUUUGGAACAGAGGGAAGCCUCAUGGAUGCAGGAGCAAGAAGGCCUGAAGAGUUUCUGCCCAGAGGGCGAGAACAGACACGAAAUCAAGGCGAAUCCCACAUUGGUGAGCCUUCCUGUGGACGAAAUGGACCUAAAAAGUUUCAUGUGUGAUGUUCCUGGCAAUGUUGCUUUCAGAGAAUUCUGUGUUACACCUAAAAAUUCAUCUCAUAUUGAACAUAAAAGAAUUCACACUGAGGAAAAAUUUAGUGAAAGUAAUCAGAGUAGAAAGACUUUUAUGCAAAGGGAUAGUCUUGCUGGACAGCAGAGAAUCCAAUCUAGUGAGAGAGCAUAUGAAUGCAAGAAAUGUAGAAAGACAUUCAGUCGGAGCUUCUCUCUUGCUGUGCAUCAGAGAAUUCAUACUGGUGAGAAACCUUAUGAAUGCAAUCAAUGUGGAAAGACAUUCAGUCAGAAAUCCCAUCUUGCUUUACAUCACAGAAUCCACACUGGGGAGAAACCCUAUGAAUGCAGGCAAUGUGGAAAGGCAUUCAGUCGAAAAUCCCAUCUUGCUAUACACCACAGAGUACACACUGGGGAGAAACCUUAUGAAUGCAAGCAAUGUGGAAAGACAUUCAGACAGAGCUUUGAACUUGCUGUACAUCAGAGGGUUCACACUGGGGAGAAACCUUAUGAAUGCAAGCAAUGUGGUAAGACUUUCAGUCAAAGCUCCUCUCUUGCUGUACAUCAAAGAAUCCACAUGGGGAGAAAUUCUUAUGAAUGCAAGCAAUGUGGAAACACAUUCAGACAGAGCUUUGAACUUGCUAUACAUCAGAGAGUUCACACUGGGGAGAAACCUUAUGAAUGCAAGCAAUGUGGAAAGGCAUUCAGUCGAGGAUCCCAUCUUGCUAUACAUCAGAGAGUCCACACUGGGGAGAAACCUUAUGAAUGCAAGCAAUGUGGAAAGACUUUUAGGCAGAGCUCCACUUUUGCUGUACAUCAGAGAGUCCACACUGGGGAGAAACCAUAUGAAUGCAAGCAUUGUGGAAAGGCAUUCACCCGUAACCAUAAUCUCGCUGUACAUCAAAGAGUCCACACUGGCAGGAAACCUUAUGAAUUAAAGCAAUGUGGAAAGAAAUUCACAUAAAACUUUGAGGUUUAUGUAUGUCAGAAUCCACAUGGGGGAACAAACCUUAUACAUGCAAGAAAUGUGGAAAGACAUUCAGUCAGAGCUCUCAUCUUGCUCGUCAUCAGAGCAUUCACACUGGUGAAUACAAGGGUUAUGAUGAAAUGAGCAGGGGAUCAACUGCAAAGUAAGAAGCAGUAAGGUUACAGAAUUCUGGAGAAGUGAUAGCACUGUUUUUCUUUUAACAGACAGUUAAGCAGGAGAUUGAGUUUGUCUAGUGUUUUAGGGUGGAACUGGUGAACUAGCUGUUCUCUCUCCUGUGGCUUUCCUUGUGAUCCAUCUUAACAAUUUUAUGUUCCUGUGUAUCUUAUUUAUGGUGACUAAGACAUUCCUACAGAGUUGCUUGAGACCCCUAAAGACAUGAUUCAGUGAGACCUUCCCUUUGAGCCGUGUUCCCGCUUACCUUCCAACCUUACUACCUCUAUCACCAUUUAAGGGGGAAUAUGGGUUACUAAAGUGCAUUUCAUUAUAGGUACUGGGACUCUUAGUUAGAGAGGUAACUGACAGUGCAGAUAGCAUCUCUCUGAAGCUACCAACUAAAUUUGGUGGGAGGGUUAUUUAUAUUCUUUAGAUAAAUCAUCCCAAUUUCCUUCCCUUCCUUUCCUUUUCUUAAAUAAACCCUGUUUAUUUAUUCAGGUUGUGUCUGUGAGAUUUAAAAUGGUUGAGGUCUUAAACUGUAGUGAUUAAAAAUAGUGGACGAUAUAAAUUGUGAUAGAUAUAAGAGAGGGUGAGUAAAUUUUACCGCAGAAAUAUGUUUCACUACAGUUUCUUGGGUUUUAAAAUCAAAUAUAAGGCGGUCGCCAGGGAAACAUUCCCAAUUAUUCAAAUACCCAAGUCAAUUGGGUUUUCUAGAGAUUUUAAUUAACAAUACAAUGAGUAAUCAAAGAAAGAGAGAGAGUAAGAAAGGAAUAAGUAUGAAGGGCCUCAAGCCAAUAUGGCCUAGACCUGAGUCUAAGAGAGAAAUCAGUCAGUUUUUUAACACUCACCACAAGGUCUUACUAAACAAGGAUUCUAGUGACACCAGGCCAGCAUCCUUCCUCAAAGAAUCUUCCAGCCAGAGAUUGCUUCAAAGGGCCUCUCUCAAGAGCCUCCAGAGCUCCUACCCCAGGGGGACAGAGUCCCUCAGAGGAGCUCCUCAAGGAACUCUCCUUCAGAAUCAGAGUCAGAAAUCGAGAUCCCUGAAUGAGAUCCAAGCUCUUAUUUUUAAGGGCAAAAUCUCCUCUGUCACCUCCCCUAAGUCCUUACAUCUACCAUUCACUGUAGAUGUUUCUAAAGGACCGCCCAUUUUGAAUUCACAGCUGAGUAGUUUUAAUCUCUUUAGUAAGUCAGGAAAAAAUGCUGCUGUGUCGACAAAUUUCAUUAGAAAAAACCUCUGAAUAAGUUAUCACCCUUUUAGGUUUAAGUAGUUUACAAGUUUCCCCACCUUUAUAGGUACUUAGUAUCCCAUUGUAUCAAUUCUAAAACAGUCAUGACUCAAAGAACUUCCUGUCCCUUCCAUAAGCAUGGAUCAAAGUACUUUCAUUGUUUAGCAAACAGUUUUCUGUCCUAAGGCAGUCUUAAGUAGGGUGGAGCAGGGACACUCCCAUAGCUAGGAGCUCCCACACUCAAGUAGAGUUCUCACCAUCUGCUAGGGAAUUUUUUUAAGUAGAAGAUUCCCCAAUGGGGGAAACCCCUAACAUUCAUAAGUCUGAGAAAUUUUGAGGUUUACAGCCUGAAUAUGUAGAUGUCCAAAUAGCAUCUCAAAAGGUGAGAUGUGCAAAUCACCUCUCAGUCUGCUUCUGAGAUAAAAUAUGGCCAGAGGUAUAGUUUGUGGCCAUUUUAAAUAAAUCUCUAUGCACAAUUUGCCAACCAUAGUUUUAAGUUCUUUAUUUAUUCUUUCAACUUGACUGUAGCUCUGGGGAUGUUGUAUGAAAUUUAGGAGUUAUCCCUAAAUGUAAAUUAAUUUGUAAUAAGACUGAAUUGGCUAAAUGAGUUCCUCUAUCCGAUUUAAUGUGUGCUGGGCAGAGAAAACGGGUAAUAAUUUCUUUUAAAAAGACUUUGGCAACAAAAGCAGAUAUGGCCUGAGCAGUAAGGAAUGCUUCAGUCCACCUGGUCAGCUGAUCAACUAUGACCCAAAAAGAUUUAUAUUGUCUAGCUUUUGGCAUAGAGAUAAAAAUCAAUUUGGUCAUAUUCAAAUGGUGUGUAAGUGAGAGGACAUCCACUAAAGGUUUUGCCAUGAAAGGUAUGUUGAUUAAAGGCCUGGCAGGUAGGGCAGGCUGUACAUACUUUAGAGGCUAUAGUAGUUAUACCAGGGGCUAUCCAUCCUCUUCCUCCAUGAAGCCCUUGGUGCCAAAGUGACCAUUUUUAUUAAUAGAUUGACAAACAUGUUGAUGAAAACUUCUAGGGAGCAGGGGUUUUCCUUUAGAUGACACCUAUACUCCAUUAAUCUUUUUUACUUUUAGUUUUUGCUUCCAUUUCCCCACUUCCUUGUCAUUAUAGGAAAGAGGUAGAUCCAAAUCAUCAGUAAUUGUUAGUGACAAAAUUAAUACAAGUCCUUCUAAGACUCUUAGUUUUGUUGCUUUAUCUGCUUGGUUAUUUCUCCUGGAGACAGGGUCAGUGCCACCUCUAUGUGCAGAGCAGUGAAUGACAGAAAGAAGUUAAGUAAUAAGGUUUGAGUUGGCAAUACAUUUUCCAGCUGAUGUUAAGAAUCCCCUCUGGAGCAUGCCAACAGCGUGACAUAUGCCAAAUGUGUAAUAGGAGUCCGUAAAUUGUGACUCUUUUAUCAUUUGAAAUGAUACAGGUAUGUUUCAAAUCUGUGAGUUAUGCACCUUGUGAGUGUACAUUUAAGGGUAAGGAAGCUGACCAGAGAGUAUCAAAUUCGAUAGCUACUGCCGUUUCUGUAUAAUGCACACCAUUUCUCAUAAAUGAAGAACCAUCUAUAAAUAAUAUUAAAUCCAAAUCAUCCAAUGGGGUGUCCAGUAAAACAUUCCGAGAUUUAUCAGCAAUGGACACAAAGGAUGUACAAUUGUGUAAAGGUUUUCCCUGGAAGUUGGCAAAUUGGGGAGCAAGGUUGCAGGAUUAAGGACUCCACAGAGUUUUAUUGUAAUUUGUUCAUUGUUUUGUAGGGUUAUCUCAGAUCUAGUAAUCUUCAUCAGUAAAUGCCUGUGUCCUAUGUAUUAAUAACAAAGCUUUGACCUUGUGUGAGCACAUUAUGGUCAGUGGGUAUCCCAAUACUAGAUCAGCUGAUAAUAAUAAAGCCAUGUCAGCUACUCCUCUAAGGUAUGGUGGUGCUCUGGCAGCUACUGGAUCCAACUUGGAUGAAUAAUAGGCUACUGGAAAUUGAGCAGGUCCCAAAAGUUGAGUUAGAACACCUGAAGCUACCCCUCUCUGUUCAUGUACAUAUAGGGUAAAUGGUUUAUCAUAAUUUGGGUUGCCUAGAGCAAGAUCAGACCGGAUAGCAUGUUUUAAAUUUGAAAGAGCUGUUAGGUGUUCCAUUUCUAAUUUAAGUGGUUCAGGGACCGAGUUUUUUGUGAUAUGAGGGCCUUAAUGAUUUCCCCAUAGCAAGAGAUCCACUGUUAUAGUCCCAUUCAGAAUCCUGUGAUGGCCUGUGUCCUGCAUUGUGCCCCCAGACUUCAUUGAUAUGAGAAAUUAUUUUCCAUUUCUCACGUUCCUGGAGUAGGUUUUCAACAUCUUUGUAAGACAGAUUAUACUGAAAAAAUGUCAGCCAUCUUUCUCAUUACCACAAAGGGAUCUUCUUCACAAGUGGGAACAUUGCAUGUCGAUUCAUUUAUGUCUUGUGGAGUAAAAGGUGUAUGGUGUCUUAGGGUUACCACAUCCCCAUUGUGUCCUAUUUUGGGCAUUUCCCUUAAGGGGAACAGGGAUUUAUUUGACUUGGGUAAGGGUGAGUCAGCCUGGGGAGGAACAUUUUUUAGAAGGAUGAGAUUUCAUCAGGGCUAGAAUUGGUUGUGGGGUGCGAGAUGGAAUAGGAGAGGAUGAGUCAUUAGGAGAAGGAUUAGGGGAGGUAAGGUCAGCCAAGAGUUUCAAAGCGUGAGAGAGGUAGUUCUGCAGCUGAGAUAUAGGAAAGGCAUCUUCCAUCUUUAUUUCAGGGAAAAUAGUAUUUUACUAUCUUAGUGGUUCAGGAACAGGCUUGUAAAAAUCAGACAUGUUUUGGAUGGGGUCAGUAUUUGCCAUUGACCAUGUAAGAAGUAUUUGAAAUUGUCCAAUUGAAUUUGUGUGUCUGCCUGCAUUUCGGCUUUAAUUUUUCAUAUGGUAGCAUUUUUUGUCCCAAUAUUUGGGAAUAGAAAAAUAAAAAUACCCAAGAACAUAAAGAAUAGAAGGCAUUCUGAAACCUUUAAGGUUCCUAAUUGUGCAAAAGCCAUAAGAGUUUCAUGUAGAAUAGCAUUCAUUUAUUAUGUAUUUCUAUAUAGAUAUAGAUAUACACACACAUAUAUAUUAUUUUUUAAAUUUCUUAUAAUUCUCAUUUUAGUCAGUAGAUAGCACUUCUCACUAGGGGUUAAAGUCAGGGUAUGAAAAUAAAAGGUAUGGGUGUGGUCCUCUUAAGGAUGUCACACCUUGAUUUGAUUAACUUCUUGGUUGGAGGGUGGGAGAGGAAGCCUAUUGUUGGAGGCCACCUAUAGGAGGGGCAAUUGGAAGCAACUGAAUUCUCCCUCAGGUAAAAACAUUAGAAUCAUGUGUUUCUACCAUGUGCUUCCAGGAAACAGGUUCUGGGUCACUUUUUUGUAUGGCCUGGUGCAAAAAAGGUUUUUAUAAAUUAUUUUUACCUUAUUUGGGAUGUAAAAGCCUCUUAGGGUAAAAAGGACCAGUUGUUGUUGUUGUUAUUUUAAUGCUGCUCUUCCUGAUUUAUCUCCCCAGGUUUUACUUCUCACUUAAGUUAACUCUAGAAACAUGGGGGAGGGGGUGUGGAAAAAAGAAAGCAGAUUCUCAGGAGCAAAAAAGGCUAAAACUUUGUUAAUUUUAAAUUAAUAGUCACUCUAAUAAAAAAAAUGAACUGAA